CCCUCCUCUCCCUAGGCUAGAAACCCCGUGCGGGCCGAGCUGGGCUCUCUUUCCGGCGUCCGCCAUUCCGCGAGCGGGUCGGUGGUGCCGGCCGCGCCAUGCAGAUCUUCGUGAAGACCCUGACCGGGAAAACCAUCACCCUCGAGGUUGAGCCUUCUGAUACUAUAGAAAAUGUGAAGGCCAAGAUCCAGGAUAAGGAAGGAAUUCCUCCUGAUCAACAACGACUUAUUUUUGCUGGCAAGCAGUUGGAAGAUGGACGCACGCUGUCUGACUACAAUAUUCAAAAGGAAUCAACUCUUCACCUUGUGCUGAGACUUCGUGGUGGUGCUAAGAAGAGAAAGAAGAAGUCUUACACUACCCCCAAGAAGAACAAGCAUAAGAGAAAGAAGGUUAAGCUUGCUGUACUUAAAUAUUACAAGGUGGAUGAGAAUGGUAAAAUCAGUCGCCUGCGCCGAGAGUGCCCCUCUGAGGAAUGUGGGGCUGGAGUCUUCAUGGCCAGUCACUUUGACAGACAUUACUGUGGCAAGUGCUGCCUGACAUACUGCUUCAACAAACCAGAAGACAAGUAAAUGUAUCUGUGUUAAUAAAGAAAACCCUCAGAUUUU